UGCUUCGCAGUCGCUUCUUCUCGCCGCAACCGAUCCACCAUGGCCGCCGCACUCUGGGCUAGUUACAAGGAAUGGGCCGACGCCCAGGAGACGCUCUUCCUCGACUGGGCGGACCCGUCGGGCCAGUACAAGCUCUCGCCCAUGCAGGAUCUGCCCGGCGCCGACUUCGCCACGGCCUUCGCCAUCUGCGUCGCCUACGUGGCCUUCGUCGUGAUCGGCACGCUUAUCAUGAAGGCGGGCGUCCCGGCCAUCAAGACCAGCUCGGUGCAGUUCCUGUACAACCCGCUGCAGGUCGUGCUGUGCUCCUACAUGUGCAUGGAGGCCGGCAUUCUCGCUUACCGCAACGGCUACUCGGCCACCCCGUGCAACGCGUUCAACGCUGAGAAGCCCGUCAUGGGCAACGUAAUGUACAUGUUCUACCUGUCCAAGAUCCUGGACUUCUUUGACACGAUCUUCAUCAUCCUCGGCAAGAAGUGGAAGCAGCUCUCGUUCCUGCACGUCUACCACCACCUGACCAUCUUCGCGAUCUACUUCAUGAACUUCCGCGUGGCCUACGACGGUGACAUCUACGCCACGAUCAUCCUGAACGGCUUCAUCCACACCAUCAUGUACAUGUACUACUUCGUGAGCGCCCACACGCGUGACAUCUGGUGGAAGAAGUACCUCACGGCCAUGCAGUUGAUCCAGUUCGUCACCAUGAACGUGCAGGGCUACCUCAUGGUGUCGCGCUCGUGCGAGAACUUCCCGCACAAGGUGCCGGUCAUCUACCUCGUCUACAUCCAGUCGCUCUUCUGGUUGUUCAUGAACUUCUUCGUCAAGUCGUACUGCGCCAAGCCGCGCAAGUCGUCCAACAAGAAGAAGACGCAAUAG